AUGAAGCCUGUGAUCACACGCUACCGACAUAAGGAGCUGCGCGCCUACCAGGUACCCAGCAGCGUAGAUAAGCCCCUAGGACCGGUAGCGACGUACCGUGUUGAGCCCAACGAAGAGGUUCAGAGUCAUGCGGCCGCCCCAAACCUCGACCGCGCAGUCUACACAACCCGCAACAAGGUGACGUGCGUCGACCAGGAUGGUGGCCUGCAGUGGUGCUACGAGCUAGAGCCUCAUACCUCCGAGCGCUUACCCAGGACCGAGUGCAUAUUCUCCCCCGAUGGAACCUGGGUUUGGCUGUAUCGGCCUGACGCGAUGAUGGAUCGUGGCCCCGACCUAUUGGUUGUUCUGCUUGCCAGGACGGGCGAGUUGGUCGCUCAGGAAGAGCUAAACACCGUCGGGCAGGGAGCCCAGUUAGUCCAACAUCCUGACGGACGUCAUAUCUUGCUAGAGGUGGGCGAGGGGCAGGAUGGGGUGAUCAUCUUCCUCGCGGAGCUCACCGACAGCAGCGGCAUAAAGAUGCACUCCUAUGGGUGGGACGACCGGACGCUGAUUGAUAUCGCACCCAACGGGCAGUUAUUUAUGACCGUCGACCACGGUCAAGAAGACGUCAUUUUUCACGAGUUUCCCAGUGGUGAGGAGGUCCUGCAGUUGCCCAUCACAGCUUUCGGUUAUGAAUAUGGUGAUUCCUUUGUGCACUGGACCGGCGGCUUUCUGAGCACCGAUAUUGCGGUUGUAGCUAUUGCAGGCGAGCUGGACGACAAAGAGUGGCACCACUAUUAUAAGGUUGACUUGCGCACUGGCGAGCCUCUUGGCCGCUUUGGGGCACAAUCCACCGAGAUCAAUGGCUUCGAAACACUUGGCGAUGGCACUUGGAUCGCCUCCGAUUCGAACGGUAACCCUGUACGCCACCUGUCAUCCAAUCACUGA